AUGAACUGGAUCGGUCUUGGGGAGGAGAGCAAGCUCGCGGCCGCGGCCGCCCACGGCGACGCCGACGUGGUCCUCGCACUGCUGCAAGCCGGUGUGCCGCCGACCGCCAGCAAGCUCGGCUACUCGGCGCUCUUCAACGCGGCGUGGGGCAACAACAUCUCGAUCGUCGAAGCGCUUCUCGAGGCCGGCGCGAACCCCGAUACGGCGACCUGGUUUGGCGUCACGCCGCUGCUGGUUGCUGUCGGAAAAGGCCAUACGCGCAUCGUGGAGCUUCUCACCGCCGCCAACGCGGACGUCAACACGACCGACGUGCAUGGUCGAACGCCACUGCUCGUCGCUGUCCUCCAUGGCAACAGUGACGUCGUCAAGCUCUUGGUCGACGCCAACGCCGACUGCAACUACCCCACGCGCGACGGCAUGUCGCCACUGAUGCUGGCCUUGUCGGCCGGUCAGCUCGCGAUCGCACAGCUCUUGAUCGACGCCCAAGCAAAUGUCCACCAGACCAACCUCGCCGGCGACUCGGUGCUUUUUCAAGCCGUGCGCUCGGGCAACACGGCGAUGGUCGAGCUCGUGGUCGCGGCAGGGGCCAACGUCAACCACGCCAACCGGGAUGGGAUCUCGCCGCUCCUUCUCGCCGCUACGCAAGGCUACUCGGCCAUUGUCCGCAUCUUGCUGGCCGCCAACGCCCACGUGCACAGCUGCGACCAGCAUGGCACGUGUCCUCUGCUCGCAGCGGCCCACUUUGGCCACGAAGACAUCGUGCAGCAGCUCCUCGAAGCUUCGGCGAGCCCGCAUGUGAGCAACAAGCUUGGCGAGUCGCCCGUCUACCUCGCUGCCAUGCACGGUCGCUCUCGCAUCGUCGCUCUCCUCGUACAGUCGCAAGCCGACGUCAACCAAACAACCAACCUAGGCUACACGGCACUGCUGCAAGCUGCCGACAAGGGCGACAGUGAGAUCGUGCAGCUGCUUUUGGCCCACGGCGCCGACCCGAACCUGUGCACACCGCGUGGCAAUCGCCCGAUCUUGAAGGCCGUCCAGAUGGGCCAUGUUGAUGUGCUGCUCAUUCUCUGGAACGCGGGUGCUAGCGUCGACGACGCGCUCCUGGACGAAGCCAAGCUCGUCGAAGCAGUCGCAUGCGGCGGCGUCAGCACGGUCGCCCUUUUGCUGGAGAAAGGCGUGUCCCCCGAUGCGUCCAAACGCGGCUAUUCGGCCUUGUACGUCGCCUUGAAGCGCGAGCAAGCGGCCAUCGUCGAGAUGCUUCUUACCGCAGGCGCCAAUGUCGACAAGGCGGCGUGGUAUGGAAUUACGCCGCUGCUGCUAUGUGUGCGCCAGCGCAACGCCAAGUUGGUCGAGCGGUUGGUGGCUGCUGGCGCGGACGUCAACAAGCAAGAUACGUGGGGCACGACGCCGCUAGCCCUCGCGGUCGAGGUCAAGAACUACUUCAUUGCGCGCACACUGCUGACCGCGGGGGCCGACCCCAAUACUUGCGACUCGAUGGGACGUACGGCGCUUUUCAUGGCCGUACUGGCGGAACACAGCGUGCUCGUCACCGCGCUUGUCUCGGCCCGCGCCGAUGUCAACCUUGCGGACAAGGAGGGAUUCACGCCCCUGCACGCGGCUACGACGGUCAAAAAUUGCUAUUCGAUCGCAAAACUGCUGCUCGCAGCGGGUGCUGACAUCAACCUCACCACGAAUGAGGUGGGCCAGUCGGCGCUUCUGAUGGCAGCCAAAGGCAACCAAACAGCGCUCAUCCAGCUCUUCGUCAACUCCGACGCCAUGCUCGACAGCAAGGAUAAGCUGGAAGUGUUUCCGCUCUUUGCAGCGACCAAGCACCGCAACACCGCGAUGGUCGAGCUUCUUUUGGCCAAAGGGGCCAACCCGAACCACACCAUGAUCAACGACGUGUCGCCUCUGUACUAUGCAGCGUACUACGGCUAUAGCGAUGUCGUGCGGCAGCUCACGGCGGCCGGCGCGAAUCCCAACACGGCGACCGCUAGCGGUAUGACGGCGUUGAUGUUUGCAGCCCGAGGCGGCCAUACGGACAUUGUCAAGCUGCUGCUCUCGGCCAAUGCCGCUGUCUACAAGCACGACGUCUUUGGCACGACGCCGCUUCUCGUGGCCACUGGCAAAGGCCACGUACGCAUUGUCCAAGUUCUUAUUGCGGCCAACGCCUUUCUCAAUAAGCGCGACAAGUGGGGCGGCACGGCGCUCUUCCUCGCGGCCGAGCGCGGCAGCCUCGAGAUGACGUCGCUGCUUAUCGCGGCCAAUGCCAAUCUCAACAAAUCCGACCACUAUGGCCGGUCGCCGACGUUGAUUGCGGCGCAGCACGGACACACGGACGUCGUCGACGCGCUCGUCAAUGCCCACGCCGACUACGACAAGCCCAACCGACACGGCGAGUCGCCGCUCAUGGUGGCCGCGCUGGCCAACCACGUCGACACGGUAGUGCUCUUGCUCAACACGGGCGCGGACGUCAACCAAUGCAACCGGCACGGCGAGUCGAUUCUGCUGCAAGCCGCUGGGAAAGGCCAUCUCGUGGUCGUGGACCUCUUGCUGCGUGUCGGCGCCGCCAUCGACACGCGCAGUCUUAACGGCAGCUCGGCGCUUUUGGUGGCGAUCGCGGAGGGCCAUGUCGAUGUCGUUCACCUCCUCGUGGACGCCGGCGCCGACGUCAACCAGUGCGACCAGAACGGCAUGUCUCCGCUGCUGCUGGCCACGUACCAUGGGCAGCUUGAACUGGCCCUCGCCCUCAUCAACGCCAGUGCCGACCCGCACAAGACCAACAACCUGGGCUCGUUUCCGCUGCUGGCUGCCGUGUCCCAGGGCCACCACGGACUCGUCGACCUCUUGUUACACUCGCCCGUCAACGUCAACCAAGCCACAACCGCAGGACACACGCCGCUCAUGCGUGCUGCCGACCUCGGCCACCUCGCGAUUGUGCAGCUGCUAGUUGCCGCCGACGCCGACACCAACUUGGAGAGCUUGACGGGCGACACGGCGCUCAUUUUUGCAGCCUUCCGCGGCCAGUUUGAAAUGGCCCAGCACCUCGUGGCGGCCCAAGCCAACAUCAACCACUGCAACAAGGUGGGCGUGUCGGCCGUGAGCCUCGCGGCCGCUGGUGGUCAUGUCAACAUUGUCCAUUUGCUCAUUGCAGCAAACGCCGAUAUCAACAAGUGCGACUGCAGGGGCGAGACGCCGAUCUUUAAGGCUGCCAGGAAUGGCCACGCGCAGGUUGUCGAGCUCCUGUUCAUGGCGGGAGCUCAGAUCCAUCAGCCAGACGAGGUGAAUCCGCUGGCUGUGGCGCGGCGACGGGGCCACCGUCAUAUUGUACAGCUGCUGGAGGUGACGCCGAUGGCCAUUCCUCUCGUAUCAAUCACAUUGCCGACCGAGUCGACGCCGCUCGCUGUCUAG